UCAAACAUGUGCUUAAGGCUUAACUAUUUUAUAAUAAGUAAUAACUAAUAACUGCUUAAUGGGCAUUAUAUUUUUUUGUUAAUACUUGUAGUUACUUUCUUCUGUGUAAUUAGUACUUACUAGCUAGUGGUUUGUUACCUUGAAUAUAAACGUCUAAAUGAAACAAUAUAAUUAGUAUAAAAAUGGAAGAAGAAGUAACCCAGCCGGAUUUCAGUGCGCAAACUAGAAAAUUGCUUAAAGAUAUCAAGUCUGGGAUCCUAGAAGCCAAAGAAUCGACAAAUAAGAUUAUAAAAAAAGAGUUUGAUGCAUCUAAAGGCAUAAGUUUAUUAGAUAUAAAGUGUCAUACAUUGUUGAGUUAUAUAAAUAAUUUGACUUAUAUUAUAUUAAAAAAAUGCAAAUUUCAAUCCAUUAAAAAUGACCCUACAAUUGAACGUCUUGUUGAACAACGAACUGUUCUAGAACGCAUUAGGCCUCUUGAAUUUAAAAUGAAAUAUCAAAUCGAUAAGCUUGUUAAAACCGCAUUAUCUGGUUCCGUUGAUCCUAAUGAUCCAGAUCGGUUUCGUGCAACUAUUGAUGGACUAGCAGAUGCAGAAGAUCAUAUAGAAGAUGAAGAGUCUGAUAAUGAUGAAGCUAGUAAUCACAAAUCAAAAAAAAUUAAAGAUGGAGUUUAUGUGGCACCUAAGGUUACAGCUGUACCUUAUGACGGCGAUGAGUCACGAGCAGUUAAAAAACAAAAAUUAUUAGAAAGAGCAAAAAAGAGAGCUCUACAAAGUUCAGUUAUGCAAGAAUUACGAGAAGAAUAUGCAGAUACACCAGUUGAAGUACAAAUUAAUACAGUUGGAUUAAAAAACAAACAGUCUAAGUAUGAUUAUGAAAGACAGAAGUAUGAAGAAGACUAUUUUACAAGGUUGCCAGUUACCAAAAAAGAUAAACAUAGGGCUAAGCAAUUAUCAUCAAUUACCCUUGGAAAAUUAGGGAAAGAAGUAACACACUUUGAAGACAUUUCAGCUCUUGGAGGAAGUUUCAGUGAAAAAAGUGGUAAUAAAAGAAAGAAGAAGUUCAAAGGAAAAAAUUCAAAAAAGAAAAGAAAAUUUUAAGUUAUAAUUUUAUUUAUUAUAAUUAUUAACUUUACUAUUUUUUACUACAUUUGUAUUGAAUUAAUAUUAAAAAUUUAAAAGUACUGA